AGUGAGGACGCGGACCUCCGGCUGUUUGGGACAGCAACACUAUGGCUGAACAACACCAACUUAUUGCACUUUAAUUUUUAACAAUGUAAACAUUAUUAAAGUAUUUCCAAUCUGUCCAGUGCCGACAGUCUAAAGUCAUGUUUUAAGUAGCGGAAACAUGCUGUUGUUGGUGUUUCUACACACAGGACAUGACGCGACUCAGUGCCAAGAAACUUUUGGCGUGUUGUGUUUGUGCUUCAGGUUGUGUUUUUAUCUUCAUUACACUGCAGGUGGUGGAGAUGCUGGGCCAGUUUGAGCAGGCGGUGCACAAACUCCCCCUAAAGGACAGAGAGGACAUAACACAGAUCCAAGCUUUCCCUGCCAGAGCUGCAACCACUGAUGAUGGAGCACCUCCAGGCUCUGAGGGCCAUUAUCCCGUUAUUGUAUGGUGGUCUCCACUAACCGGAGAGCUGGGACGGCUCGGGGAGUGUGGACAUAACAGAUGUUUUUUUACAGUUAACAAGUCCUACUAUUCCCAUCCUUCUACACAGGCUUUCCUGUUUUAUGGUACAGACUUCAGCAUAGAAAGUCUCCCUUUACCAAGGAAGCAACAGCACCACUGGGCUCUUUUCCACGAGGAGUCGCCUAAGAACAACUACAAGCUCUUCCACAAGCCUCUCAUCACCCUGUUCAACCACACAGCCACCUUUAGCCACCACUCCCACCUGCCUCUCACCACACAACACCUGGAGAGCCUCCAUGCGCUCACCUCCCACACGUUCCUGCUCCCUCUGGCUAGGAAGAACCAGCUAAGACACACUCUGGCUCCUGUGGUGUACGUCCAGUCGGACUGCGACCCACCAUCAGAUCGCGAUGUCUAUGUGCAGGAGCUCAUGAAGCACAUCCCAGUCGACUCCUACGGCCAGUGCCUGCACAACAAGGAUCUUCCCUUCCACUUGCGAGACUCCUCUGCCAUGGAUGAAGAGAGCUUCUUUCAGAUCCUAGCACAGUACAAAUUUAUCCUAGCGUUUGAAAAUGCCAUCUGCGAUGACUACAUCACGGAGAAACUGUGGCGGCCGCUCAAGCUCGGCGUGGUUCCUGUGUACUACGGAGCCCCUAAUGUUAACAUGUGGCUUCCGAGUAACAGAAGUGCAAUAGUGGUGGACCCAAAACAGCCUCCAGAGAAACUGGCCCAGUAUAUAACCAGUCUGGACAAAAAUGACCAGGAGUAUUUAACAUACCUGGACUGGAAGCUGAAACAGGAGGUCACAAAUCAGAGACUUUUUAAAGAGGUGAUGGAGCGUCAGUGGGGUGUGCAGGACAUCACUCAGGAUAACUUUAUUGAUGUCUUUGAGUGCAUGGUGUGUAACAGGGUGUGGGAGAACAACAACAGACAAAACAAGGGUUUGGUCCCCAGAGUGUGGCAGGCUGAAGAACAUCAUCUCACAUGUCCACCUCCAAAGCUGUUUGAUUUUGCUGUAGAUUAUUCUAACAGCUCUUCUCUGCGCCACAUCUGGAGAGCCAGUUAUGAGCAGUCAGUGAGAGAAGCCCAAGCACUUAGACGGCUAACACUGACUAACAGGAACUUCACAGCUGCACAGUUCUGGAGGGAGGUGUUUCAGAACUGGGUAAACAAAGACUGAGACUUUACAUGAAGUAUGAUGAUCAUUUAAUGCUUAAAAGAGCAUUUAUUACAUCAUUGAAUAUUAUAGCAGUUAAGAGAGUGAAUGAGUGAGAGAGAGAGAUAGUGUGAGAGAGAGAGGUAGUGUGAGAGAGAGAGGUAGUGUGAGAGUGUGAGUGAGUAAGAGAGAGAGAUAGUGACUGUGGUAGUGAGUGUGUGUGAGAGAAAGUGACUGUGGUAGUGAGUGUGUGUGUGAGAGAGACAGACAGAGUUCUCUUACUAAAGUUAGACCUGUUUCCUCUGAUCCGAUGAGCAGUAAGACAUUAAUAUGCAGGUAGGUUACAGGCUGGUAUUUUCUAAACCCUGUUCAGACAACAUGGGAACGUAUAAUAUUAGGCUGAUCUAGUUAUUCAUAUUAAAAUGAUUUUAUGCACAUUUGUAAUGCUUCCUACUGAGAUAACCGUCUUUUUUUUUAUUAACAGUUACAUUUCAAAGAGGCUGAAACAACCAUAAACACUACACACACACACAGAACGUGGUUUUAAAUAUACCAUUCACCUGAACCAGCUUCUAAACUAAACUGAGAUACAAGAGUCAAGGUCUCAAGUUGCUGUAGUUUUAGAUGCAAGUCAGUCUUAGAUGUACCUGCAGAUUUGAUUAUUAUCAGAAACAAUUACGCUGCUUCAGGAAAGAUGCGCAGUGCGCAAAAUAAAUUUUCAAAUUUAGCACGGGCUAAAAGGCCACCUGAGGUGAAACCGAUGGAAAUCAAUAGCAUCAGUGUGCUGGAGAAAGCUCACAUCUCCACAAAUAGAGCUUUGCCCAGUGUCUAUAGUUAGUGUGCUAUAUUUGUGCCUCAAAGGUUUUAUCAGCUCUAGUAAUUUUAGCCCUUAAGGGAGGGGAAUUUAUCCGUUUAAUGCUCAAUAAAAUCUUGUACCAAUGUAUUUAUAUAUACAUAUGUAUAUAUAUAUAUAUAUAUAUACACACUGUAUAUACUUUGUAUGUCAAAAGGUGAACAUUUAAAUAUAGUGCCUGUUUUGACCCCUACAGAAAAGCUGAGCGUAACCAACUGCACUGCCCUGAACUUCAUGUGUUUAUAUGAUCUAGAGUUCAACCUGGAACUGAACCUCCAGCACGUUAGUAUUAAAUACUCACCGUAUAGAUAGAAAAAAAAAUUAUUUAAAAAACCAUAUACUUGAUGCCAAGCAGUAUUACUUUUUCUUUGUUUGUUUGUGGAAAGUUCUGAAUCUGAGAUUCAUAAAUAUAUCUGUAACUAAAAAUGUAUUUACACAAAGUGCCUUUCUGUAUCACUACUAAAAAACACAUGGAUUAAGUCUAUGUGAAUCUGCUCGUCAAAUUAAAAGUUCAUGUCUCUUUUUUUUUAUCUCGUUGUAUAUAUUAAAUGGCAUUGACUGGUGUUUCUUUUUUAA